AUGUCGCCCACCAAAGAAGAUAUCCACUUUGACGACGAUGCGCCCAUCUUGAUCGUCGGGGGCGGCCCAUGUGGCUUACUCCUUGCGUAUUUGCUCGCCCAACUUGGCAGGUAUGGCGUUAAUACCCUCGACGAUGUUAUCCGAUCUUUGCUGUGUGAACGCUACCCUACUAGGCUACAACGCGGAGAGGUGUUCUGGGUUAAUUUUAUUACCAGUUUGAGUGGCAGGCAGGUGGGAAGGCUUCCGUAUGAGCGCAUAGAUCCAGAGGUUUUGGAGAGUAUACUGAUGAUGAUUUAUAAUAUCUCACAGCCAGAGUUUGAGGAGCUGGUUGCCAAGAGGUUAUCUAAGAAUAAUCUGGUGGAGAUACGGAAAAAUCACUUGUUUGUUGGACUUGUUGACGUAAGUUACCUCGGGGGUUAUAAUAAUAACUAAGAGCUGCGAUUGAUUAUUGGUAAAGCGCGGUGACUAUGUUUAAGCCACUAUCAAGAACCGUGCGACACAGAAAGAGUAUACGGUGAAAUGCCGCCAUCUUGUGGCAUGCGAUGGGGCGAACAGUGCGG